UCCGAUACACAAGCAUCCCCGGGCACACACUACAGAAAAUCGAUCUAUGGCAAUUCCCGUUGCGGACAWAAUCGAUACCGAUUACUCACAGAAACCMAACCGCCUCUAUCUAUUCCUCCGGAAACAAUCCAUCAUGGCCAAGUUUUUCACCGCACUUCUCGCUCUCGCCCUGGCCGGAUCGGCCGCUUCCUUUUCCAUGUCCAUGUCCUCUUCGACGGACCGCCGGGCCUUUGUCAAGACGGCGGGAACCGCCGGAGCCGCCGUGGCCGCCGGAACGAUCCUGAACACCCCCGCCGCUUCCGCCGACGCCGACGUUGCGGUCGAGGUGGACAAGGACGGAUUUAUCACCUCCGASUCCGGCCUCAAGUACAAGGUGACCAAGGAGGGAACCGGAGCCAUUCCCGCCGCGGGCCAAACCGUCAAGGUGAGCAAACCGCGGAGUGAUUUGCGAGGAUCAAAACGUCAAAUCGUUAGCAGAACUGCCGGCGUUUGGUCUCGACACCAUAYUUUGUCGUGUUGGACAAAGUGAUCACACCAUGAUCGAUUUUAUUUUCAUGAU